UUUUUUUUAUAUUGUAUCAGUUGCAACAUGUCUAAUUCUCUAUAAAAAUUGUACUAUUUCACAUUAUUAUAACGAAGAAGGUUAUUUUAAUCUAGUUAUUUAUCAUCAACUAUGUAAAAUUAGUAAAUAAUGUGGCUGGAAAUUUUUUAAGGACACGUGUUCUAGUUGUCGAUAUAAUCUUAAUUAUAAAAUUUCGAUUUUGACUUUUUGGCAUAUUAGAGUUCAACAAGAUAUUAAAAGAGAUUUUGCAAAUCCUACACUGUUGAUAUUUUCUAUGAUAAUUUAUCGACGAUGUUCUUAGUUAAGGCAUUAAAAUGUUAUUUAUAUUAAAGUAAUAUUCAUUGUUUACUUGAGUACUUACUGAUAUGGAUAAUAUUGAGUGUAUAUACUUUUUGUAAUUGAUAAUAAAUUACCUUUAUUUAGUUGUGUCUUAUGUAAAAGAAGAUAAUUUUGCUCGUUAAUUAUACAAAAUUUUAUUUUUUGUCGAAUUCAUUGAAGAAAAUGAUUUUUUCCCGAGAUUCAGUGAAAAUGCCUCCUGUGCCGCCUCAAAAGGUCGACUUCCCUAAAUUUGUCGAUUCUUUAUGGUGUGUCUACGUUGUUUCGGUUCUUGCAGCCUUCAACGCAGAAUUUGUUACUUAUCCGUUGGAUUUGAUCAAGACUCGACUCCAGAUUCAAGGGGAACAAUCCAAAAAUGGGAAACUCGGUCAGGCACCUUAUAGAGGCAUGUUGAAAACCGCAAUCGGUAUCAGUAAGGAAGAGGGUCUCUCAAGACUAUGGCAAGGAGUCCACGCAGCUUGUAUAAGACACGUGGUUUAUUCAGGUACAAGGAUAAUAACUUACAAACAACUGAAAGAAAACAUCUUCCGACAAACUCCUGAUCAGAAAAUUUUUCCCAUAUGGCAAACAGCGUUAUGUGGAGUGAGCGCAGGCGCUUUCGCCCAGUACCUAGCCAGUCCCACGGAUCUGCUAAAGGUCCAGCUUCAGAUGGAAGGGAAACGGAAACUUUUAGGUUUACCACCCAGAGUAAACGGUAUGUGGGACGCCUUCCUCAAGGUAUGGUCGACGGGAGGAAUCAAAGGAUUGUGGAAAGGGUCGGUUCCGAACGUACAAAGGGCGGCUUUGGUUAAUUUAGGCGAUUUAACUACCUACGAUACAGCCAAAAGACAAAUUAUGAAACACACCGAUCUACCUGAUAAUUACAUAUUGCACAUUCUGUCGAGUACUUGCGCUGGAUUUGUAGCUGCUUCGAUGGGUACUCCGGCUGAUGUUAUUAAAACCAGGGUAAUGAAUCAACCUAUGGAUGAUAAGGGAAGAGGUGUUUUGUAUACUUCCUCGAUAGAUUGUUUAACGAAAACGGUAAAACAAGAAGGGAUGGGUGCGUUGUACAAAGGUUUCAUCCCCAUUUGGAUGCGAAUGGCACCGUGGUCCUUAACUUUUUGGUUAACAUACGAAGAAGCGGUCAAACUAAUGGGAGCAAAAAGUUGGUGAAACAUGAUGGAACCAUCAAAAAGUCUGAGUUAAAUUGCAGGUUUCGAGAGGUACACCAACAACUUUUUUAGAUUAUAUUUCGAAAUGAUCCUGAAAAUGUUAUCGAUAUAGUGAAUCCUUGUCGAAUCUCCCAUUUUUGAACUAAUUGUUUUACAAAAUUUUCUUGGUUGGUGUGCCGUGUAUCAAAUGGAAUCUAGAAUUCAAAUUUUAGUAAAAAUCGACUGAAUUAUUUUGAUAUUUCACCUGUAGAUAAUUUUACCCGUUAGCUUUUUAAGGCUCAAAAGUUUCUUGUAGGUAUUUUUAACUUUAUUGACAGUAAAAUAUAAUUAUUACAAGAGUUGAUUGCAAUAUACCCAAUAGAAGGCAGUUUUUUUUUUAUUCGGAGUACCAUACACCUUCACCAAUAAAUCCAUUCACUAUAAUUAGCCCUUUAGGUUUACUUAACCCAUUAAUGCCCUAAACUUUUAUCCGAAAAUGUUUUUUAAUCCAAUAAUGGUCACUUAGGAGUAAUUUCUACCAAUUUAGAAGUUCCAUAAAUUUCCACCGAGCUAAAAAUCAGUAAACGUAUCAAUUCCUUUUUUUCCUACGAGUCACAUUUCUGUUAUUCCUUUCCAGGUUCGUUUCGACUUAUUUUUUCUGCCCUUUUACUGUUCCACCACUACAUUGUCUCCCCUUUAGGGUCCUAAAUCUUCCGAAAGCAUUUUUCUACAUCACAGAAAGGCUCUAGGGUCAAUAAGGAUCAAGAUCCUGGACUAUUCUUUCUCAGAACUCUAUUCUUGUUUAUCUCAUCAAGUCAGAUUUGAUUCAAUGAUAUAGGAGAUGAAUUCAUAGUCAAUUCAAUUCACAUAUCAACUUCGUGUUUUAAAUUAUGAAUUAAUUGUGCAGAUAAAACAGAUUUUUAAAUACCCAGUGGUAGUUUUAUAUUAUUAUAAAAUUAACAGUGUUGUAACAUCAAUUCUUGUCUCCAUUUUGUAAAUUGCUGACUAUUUUUUUUAUGAAUUUGUAUCUUUUUACUUCAAUUUAUUAUUCGUUGGUUAUUUAUUAAUUUAAAACCACAAUUCUUACACCGAUGCUUUCUACUGACUUAUUUUAGUUAGUUUAGCUUCCGUAACUAAUACUGAGUGUACCAGAAAGGCUAAAAAAAUUUAAUUCGGUUUGGAUUUUAGAAACAGCUUCUACCCUAUUUUUAAGAAUAAUUUGUAAAUAAUCAACUGCUACAGUAGGUGGUAAAAACAUUUAAAAAUACACGUGUAUAUUUUUGGAAAGUCAUUUUUAACAAUUUAAUUUACUUUUGCAUGCGAAUCAUAAUUUAAUUUCGUUUAUUGAAACAAAAUUUCAGUUUUUUUUUAUUAUUAUCAUUUUCUUUUUAAUAUUACAAAAUUCAAUCACAAUUAAACCAAAGUUAUUUUAAAAUCAAUGUUCAUGUAUAUUUAGGUAUCCCGCACUGAUCUGAAUUAGAAUUGAUGUUAAUAGUGCCACAAUUUAUACAGAGAGUUAUAUUUUUGCAACUAUAUUUGUAAAUAGAUCAAACCCUAUACAAGGAUUUUUUGUAUUAUUACUGUUGCUUACCCACAUUAUCUAUAUUUUAUUUUGUUUUAAUUAUUGGAAAUACCCUGUAUAUACAAAUAGAAUUUUUAGAAUAUAUACCGUUUACCAAGAACAUUGUAGUCUUCAAUUAGAUUUUUAUUGUUUAGUUUUAUUUAUAUUUUUUUGUUGUAUAUCAUGUUAGAAUAAAAACUGAAAAAAUCCUAAAGUAUUUUAUUUCCAUCAUAAUUUCAUGCAAUCCAGAGUCUCACCUAUUUAGAAAUAGGUUGAAGUAAUUUCGACUACAAUGCCUUUAAUAAUUCGCUUUACAAAACUCAGAUGCUUCGAUCCAGAGGGAAAUUACGUAGGGAUACAACUACUAGAUGGUUCCAUUAGUCUUUCGCCCAUACAACCAGUUAUGAUCAUUGAUUCGAACGUUACACACCUCCAUCAGAGUUGUGCUACUGGAUCAAGAAGAUUCAUUACUAAAUGAAGUGGUGCCAUGCCAAAUUCUACUACUUUUUAAUUUUGAUAAAAAUGCUUCCCUACUGCAGUUCGCAGUGGAGUGGAUGGGGAACUUCUCGAUAAGAACUGCUUUCAAGUUAAUGAACUUGUAAGUUUAUUGUAUCAGUUUGUGCCUCAUUAGUUUAUAUUGACAAUCAGCUCUAUCAUUUUGUCAAUUCUAACCCACAAAACAUCACCAUCCAGAAUCCUAUUUUUUUAUUUUUGGCUUAAGUAUGAUUGAGCUUUGUUGAAACUAAAAACAAUUUUUUUUAAAUCUAUAAAUGCCCAAACGUUAAGUUUGGUUAUUUCCCAAAGACUCUCGCGCAUGAUAAACUCCUUGGUUUGUAUUUCAAGUCGGGUCCUGAAAGUAUUCAAAUCAAUAAAGAUGUUUCAAAAUCUCUUCUUCAUCCCGACUUCAUUAAAUCCUAGUAACGGCGCCAGUAUAUUUUUAUUUUAUAAUUGUUGAAAAGAAUACUAACAUAUAAAUAAAAAUUUAGAAACUAACUUCAUUAAAUCCUAGUAACCGCGCCAGUUUUUCUAUAAUUGAUUGUUAAAAAGAAUAUCAACAUAUAUUAUUAUAAUUCCAGUUCGAAAUUGCAACUAACACUAAUUCUGCGAACUAUUGUUGUUCCACAGGAUCGUCCAAUAGGAUACAGAAACGUAUUUUAAUUCACAAUUCCAUUUAUAUAAGGUUUUUAAGUACAAUUUGAAAAGAUAUAUUCACUCUCAAUAUACCUUAAUUUUCUACUCAAAAAUGUGCACCCUGAUGUUUGAUCAUUUAAAUUAGUAUAAAUACUAUAAUUAUUACUUACAUGGAAAGAUUAGAACGUAAUUGUACGAUUAAAACUGUAUUGGAUACUUCUGACUAAAAUACAUCGGAUAAAAAUAAACAAAUACGUCUUCUCAUAUUACUUUUCUUAUCACCUUUUUAUAGAAUGCAGAACAGUAAAAAUAAAAAUCAUGUCCAAAAAACUAAAAUGCCAAAAUAACACAUAAAUUAUUAUAUUUUCCAAGUAAUGCGACGAUCGGUGGUUUCGUUGUAAUAUUUUGACGCAUA